AUGACGAACCUGCACAGUUCUGUUUAUUGCAUCGGCCUGCGGGACAAUACACAGAUCGAAUUACUCACAAAACAGUCUGAAGAUGGAGAAAAAGUGAUCGGCAUAAAAGAAACAUGUAUGACAAAUGAUAAUCUUAAUGUAGACAGCAAUACAGAAAAUGAUGGUCCAUGUGACAAUAUCGUAAAUAAAUCAGUCAGUAUUUCAAAAGAAUGUAAUAGUCAUAAUAAUGACACUUCAAAUAUUGAAAAUAAUAGUUCAAUAAAUAGUAGUAUCUCUAUACAAAAUAAUAAUCGAAGUGCAAUAAAUACUGUCGUUGAGCAACAUGAUGAAAAAUGCGGUAUAGAAUGCAAUAAAAACUGCACUAGUUGUUUGGUCAAGGAGGAAGAAUAUAUCAAAUUAACAGAUGAAAACAAAUAUUUCGAAUCUCUUGAUAAUUCAUUAGAGUGUGAACAUUUUUCUUUAAUCGAGCAAAACGACGAACAAUUGAUUUCUAACGAAAACAACUACGAUAUCAUAGCUUCUGAUUCGAGUGAUGAAGAGGAAAAUGUAGAUCCAUCUUUGUGUGAUUUGAAUACAAAAACGAAUGAUAAAUGUAAAUCGGUUGAAAGGGAUGACAAUGGCGAGGAUGAACUUACUAUUGUAAAUCAUCAUAGCAAUAUUCAUGAUGAAGAUAAAAAAUCUAUACUAGAUGAAAAUACAAUCACACAAGAUCAACCGAUUUAUUCUUCUACCAAUACAAAUAUUAACGCUAAUGCUAACACAAAUUAUAAUUCCGCUCUAGACAAAUUUGAGAACAGCAAAAUCUGUAAUAAUAUUGAAAUUAAAAGCAUAGAUUUGGAUGCAAAAAAAAGCGUGGAUGAGCAUGUUUCUGAGGUGGCACAAAAAGACGAGCAAUUGGUUCCUAAAGAAAGCAAUGAAAGUCAUGGUGAAAGAGUAUAUAGGCAAUGGAGUCAAUGGAAGAGGGAGAUGAUGGAAAUUAAUCUUGAUGAUAAUACAAACUUUACAGAAGAUAAUAUGAAUUUAUUUCUUGUCAAAGAUGGUGACACUGAUAAUACAACAAUUACUAAUGCAAAAAAUUUAGAAACUAAUCAAUUAUCCAAAACGAAAAUUAGCAUUGACGAUAUUAUAAUUCCAGAAAUUAAUACAAUUCACGAAGAUGACUCCAAUAAUGAAAGUUGUAACCAUUCCAAUCUAAUUAGCAGUGAUGAUGAUGUAGUACACGAAGUUUUAACCAAAUGCGGAAUCAAUCCGUCAUUAUUUUUAAAUUCAUCAUGCACACAUGACAAAUCACAAUGUAUUCAAAAUUGUAUUUCUACGGAACAUACUCGUGAACCCGAUCAGACUCCUAAUAAUUGCUAUCCCGAUUGUGGUCAAAAUAUCACAAACGAUAGUUUGGAAGAAAAACUGUUUGGAGAACUUUUUCAAGAAGAAGCUGAAAAUGUAUACGAUAUUGAAUUCAAGCCAACGCCAGCGCAAAUUCAAUGGCCAUGA